GAAAUUCCUUUUUUCUAAUUAUAAAUAGCCUUCUUUUAACAUGCCAUUUCAAGACUGGAAAGUGGAAAUUGAAAACAAGAAAAAGAAACACAAAAUGCUUUCAUUUGAGUUAUUAUCGGAGCUGAUUCCGGGUUUACCUGAGGAAAUCGGAUUCGAGUGCUUGGCUCGGUUUCAUUAUUCAACUCACAGUAUCGCAGCUCGAGUUUGCCGAAGAUGGCAAGACCUUCUCCAAAGCAGAGAGUUUUACCAUCUCAGAAAGCAAACCGGAUACACCCAGAAAGCGGCUUGCUUGGUUCAAUUACUUAACAGUGACUCCGAUCCUGAUGGGUCCAAAUCGGUUGGUCCACCCAGGUACGGGAUCACCGUGUUUGAUCCCGUUAGCAGAACCUGGGAUCGAAUUGAACCCGUUCCUAAGUACCCUGAUGGGCUUCCUUUGUUCUGUCAGAUAACAAGCUCUGAAGGAAAGAUUGUGGUGAUGGGCGGAUGGGACCCGACAAGUUAUGACCCAGUGAGGGACGUGUUCAUAUAUGACUUCACAAGUCAGAAGUGGAGACAAGGGAAGCAGAUGCCGGAAACUCGAUCGUUCUUUGCGACUGGUGAGUUGGAUGGUCGCAUUAUCGUGGCGGGUGGUCACGAUGAGAACAAAAACGCUUUAAGCACAGCAUGGGAAUAUGAUGUAAAUCGGGAUGAGUGGACUGAGUUGACCCGGAUGAGUCAGGAGCGAGAUGAGUGUCAAGGGAUGGUGAUUGGGUCGGAAUUCUGGGCGGUGAGUGGAUAUAGAACAGAUAUUCAAGGAGGCUUUGAGGGGAGCGCUGAGUUUCUGGAUUUGGGGACAGGUCAAUGGAGCCGAGUUGAAGAGGCUUGGGAGCCGAGUCAGUGUCCUAGGUCUUGUGUGGGAGUUGAGAAAGAGAAAACACUCUUCUGCUGGGCUGACUGUGACUCGGCGAUACGAGUCGGUGCAUGUGCGGUCCCCUUGGGAGAAUGGACGUUUGUGUCUGGAUCAGCUUACCAGGGUGGUCCACAGGGGUUCUUCUUGGUGGAUGAACAGAGUGGAAAAUUCAACAGUAUAGCUGUUCCAGUCGAGUUUUCUGGGUUUGUACAAUCUGGUUGUUGCGUGGAUAUCUAAAUCAAUAUCUAGAUCUAAAGUUAUACCAUCCCUGUUUCCCUUUUCUAGUUAAAUUGGGAAUUUGGGACAGAACCAGACAUUCCAUUAAGAAUGCAGAGCUGCCCUGUUCGGUCCCCUCGAAGCAUGAAGACUCCCUCAUCCAAGUUGGGUGUAACUUGUAAGACAGGUGAGCCAAAGCUCACAGUCGCAUGAUGGUCUAGAAAUGCUAAGAUUAGGCAGGAUAACAUUUGUUAUCAUUAAUGCAGUGAGCGAUGUUGAGAGUUUAUCUAUAAAAUCUAGCAUUAUAAAAAAUGAUGUGUAUGUAUAUAUGUAUAAUAGACUUUGCAAUAUAAUGUACAUUAUGGUAUUACA